AUGUCGUUUAAUAGCUAUCACAGAAGAGGGUCGAGGUCAGCAGCGCAAGCGACUCUGGCGCAACAGAACCUCGACGAGUGGGAAAAGGCUAGUUUCUGUACCGUGAGUGCUCGAGACAUCCAGGUGCUGAACAAACCGUCGGAGCUGGAGCUAGAGCCCGGGCUUGAAGACCAGAUGAGCGAGGACUCGCGCAAUUUCGGAACCACUGAAAUGAGAUCGGAGGUGCGAUCGGAGGAAUUCGCAAUUCUGUCGACAUCAAGCGAUCGGGACGAAGCAACGGCGAUUGCAGAGGCACAACAACAACAAUUGGAAAUCGAUGAGCAACGGCGUGCAGUGUCUAACUCGCAACGGAUCGACGACUGGUGCGUGCAAAACGACCGGCGCGCGCUGUCCAGUCUACGCACGCCCGCCAACAAGCGAGUCCAGGAGAUCGUGGAGGCCUGGGGGGUCGAAAACGACACGCCUGCAAUCCAAGUGGUGCGGGCGUUCAGGGAAACGCAGGUGGCAGCACGCCAUUGCGACAAUUACACCGCACAUAUUCUGGACCUCAUGAGUCCGUUGCAGCGACUUCGGCUUCGCAGCUUUGCAGAGUCAAUGCGACCUCUGCUAAAUCGACGUCUAGGCGCACAGAUUCCCGCAUAUCGAUUUCGAAAUUUGCCGUCUGUUUUUGUGAAUCGAGAUCUGCAGUUCCAACACGCACUACAGCUUGAAAACGCCGCGGCGCCAGGGUUGACACCGAGCGACGCAGAACUUGAGGAGUCGGCAACCAGCUCCCAAACUUUAGGCAGUACCUAUUCCCUUCAACGGUCUUCCACCGGAAUCCAGUCGUGGCGCGGUUGGAAUAUCGUAACUAGAUUCAGCCCUGACCAUAUCACAAGUUACUAA